AUGCAGCAGCAGCAGCAACAGCAGCAGCAACCACAGCAAAUGCAGCAACAGCAGCAAAUGCAACAGGUUCAGCAGCAGCAGCAGCAAAUGCAACAAAUACAACAGCAACAGGGAAUGCAGCGACAAAUGGAGCCGCAGCAGCAGCUGCUGCAGCAGCAGCCACUGCUGCUCCAGCAGCAACAACUGCUGCAGCAGCAGCAGCCUACCGAGCAGCAGCUCGAGUCUUGGCAGCAGAAUGUGCUGCAGCAGCGGCUGCAACAGCUACAGCCGCAGCAGCAGCAACAGCAGCAGCAACAACAACAGCAGUGUCUAGAUCAGCAGCAGCAGCAGCCGCAGAUGCAGCAACAACUGCAGCAACCACAGCUGCAGCAGCCACAACUGCAGCAGCCACAACUGCAGCAGCAGCAACAGCAGCAGCCACUGCUGCAGCAGCAAUACAUGCAGCAGCCAUAUGUGCAGCAGCAGCAGUUGCAACAACAGCAAUUGCAGCCGCCAUUGCAGCAGCAACAGCAGCAACAACCAUCACCACUUUCUCCUUUCCAGAGGCAGCAGCAGCAGCAGCAGCAACAGCUGCAGCAACAACAGCAGCAGCUGCAGCAACAGCAGCAGCAGCUGCUUGUGCAGCAGAUGCUGCUAAAGCAGCAGGAGCCUCAGCAGCAGCUUGCAGGAUGGCAGCAGCAGGGGCCUAUGCCUAUGCUGCAGCAGCAGCAGCAACAGCAGCAGCAGCAGCAGCAGCAGCAGCAAUUCAUGGCGCCACUACAGUGGCCGUCUACAUUUGAUAGCCAGCAGCAGCAGCAACUGCAGCAGCAGCAACUGCAGCAGCAGCAAAAUGGUGCUGCUGCUGCAUUGCCGCGCCGAGUCAGCCGCACUCAACGCCGCGAGUCAGCAGCAACAGCAGCAACAGCAGCAACUGCAACAGCAGCAGCAACUGCAGCAACUGCAGCAAUUGCUGCUGCAGGACGCCGACAGGCAGCGCAGCGUACCCGCGGUGCUGCUGCUAUUGUUUCCCCUGUUGCUGCUGCUGCUGCUGCUGCUGCUACACCAUUGCCUGCUGAUGCAGGGGCAGCAGCACGGCUGCAGCGCAGCAGCAAACUCAAGUAUACCCGCAGCAACAGCCGCAGCAACAGCAGCACUAACGGCAGCACCAUCAACGGCAGCAGCAGCAGCAACAGCAGCCCCAUUUGUACUGGUGUAGAUGCUGCUGAUGUUGCUGCUGCUGCUCCUUUUCCUGCAGCAGCAGCAGCAGCAGCGGUUGCAAGUGCAGCAGCACCUGCUGCUGCUGCUGCUGCACCUGCUGCUGCUAUAGGCAGACGGCGCACUGCUGCAGAAGCACUUGCUGCUGACCCCAUAGACAGCGAGGUGCAGCAGCAGCAGCAGCAGCAGCAGCAGCAGCAAACACUUCUUUACUUCCCUAUAGAGGCGGAAGGCGCAGCGUGGUGGCAGCGAGGAUGGGAUGCAGCAGCAGCUGCAGCUGCUGCUGCUGCAGCAGCAGCGGGAACUACAACAGCAGCAGCAGCAGCAACAGGGAAGCAAAUGCAUCCUCUUCUUCGAGCACUCCUACACACUGCUCAGCAGCAGCCGCUGCAGCAACUGCAGCAGCUGCAGCAGCAACCGCAGCAGCAGCAGCAGCAGCAGCAGCAAAAUCAGCUUGCUGCAAAAGCUGAGGAGUUGCUUGUGUUGGAUGCUCUUGCAUGCGGUGCUGCUUCUAAUGUAUCAGCUGCUGCUGCUGCUAACUCCCCUGCAACAAAGGUUGCUGCUUGGGUUGCUGCUGCUGCAGCACAGCUGCCUCCUCUUCGCGUUGCUGCUGCACAUGCUGCUGCCUUCGCUCGGGCCUUGCUGCAGCAGCAGCAGCAGCAGGAGGGAACAUGCAACAACGCGGAAGACCCCAUGGCAGUGUGGGGAUCGGGAUCCAAAUCUGCAACAGGAUGUGCUGCUGCUGCUCCAGCAGCAGCAGCAGAUGCUGCUGUUGCUGCUGCUGCUGCUCAGUCAGCAGCAGGUGGAGCAGCAGCUCCUGGGCGUUGCUGCUGCAACAGCAGCGGCAACGACCCGCCAUUAGCGCAGUGUGAAGGGAAGAAUAGCAGCAGCAGCAGCAACAGCAGCAGCAGCAGCAGCAGCAACGGCAACAGGUGCUCCUACUGUGAAUCUACUGCAGCAAAGCUUGACUUUGCUUCUCCUGCUGCAGUUGCUGCAGCAGCAGCAUACAGCGGGUUGCCGCUUGCUGUUGCUCAGCUGCUGCUGCAGCAGAAUUCGCAUGCAAGCUACUACAGUGAGGAGGAAGGUUUUUUCUUUGUACUAGAAGACAUCGAGAAGGAAAAAGAUAAUUUGUGGGCAGCGCAAGCUGCUGCUGCACUACGAGAAAUGCUGCAGCAGGCGCAGAGUUCGCGCGCUACACCAACGAAAAGGAGAGCAACAGCAGCAGGAGCAGCAGCAGCAGCAGCAGCAGCAGGGGCAGGUUUCAAGUGUUCAUUGGAUACACCCCACAAGCAGCAGCAGCAGCAGCAGCAGCAGAAGGAUCCCUCUGUGAUGCAGCAAUCUGCUGCAGAAUUCAUUGCUGGUGCUGCAGCACGUGGUACAACUGCAGCAGCAAUAACAGCAGCAGGAGCAGGAGCAGGAGCAGCAACAGCAGCAGCAGCAGCAGCAGUGGCAGUAAAGACACGAAGAGGCGUGCUGCUGCUCGAGGAGCCUCUUGUUGCUGCACUAGAGGAAUUAACACAUAAAGUAACAGGAAAGGCAGCAGCAGAGGACGCAGCAGCAAGAGCCCUGCUGCUGCAGCUGCUGCAGCAGCACGCAGAUAACUGCAGUAUCCUACUGCAGCAACAGCAGCAGCAGCAACAGCAGCAGCAGCAGCAAAAGAAAGGUGAGGAGACACACAAGCCGCCAGUUACACCACACAAGCAGCAACACACCAUACAACCCGACAAACCGCAACAGCAACUGCAGCAGCUGCAGCAGCAGCAGCAACUGCAGCAGCAGCAACAACUGCAGCAGCAGCAGCAGCAACUGCAGCAGCAGCAGCAGCAACUGCAGCAGCAACCGAAGCCGCAGUUGCAGCAGCAGCCGCAACAGCAACUGCAGCAGCGGCAACUGCAGCAACUGCAGCAGCAACAACUGCUACAACAGCAGCUGCAGCAGCAGCAACUUAUGCAGCAGAAAUUGCAACAGCAAUCACAGCAGCAACUGCUGCAGCAGCAACUGCAGCAACACUCGCAGGAUCAAUUGCAACAGCAGCAGCUGCAGCAGCAGCAACUGCUGCAGCGGCCGCAGCAGCAACUGCAGCAGCAGCUCUAG